AUGCCCGAAGUCCUUGCUAUCCGAACCUGGCCGCUUCUGCUAUCGCUGGCCGUUCAGCUCGGCGCGACGGUCGGCGCUCCCCAACCCUGGCGCUGUGCGCCCUGCUCCGCCGAGAGGCUGGCGCUCUGUCCGCCCGUGCCCGCCUCGUGCCCGGAACUCACUCGGUCCGCGGGCUGCGGCUGCUGCCCGAUGUGCGCCCUGCCUCUCGGAGCCGCAUGCGGCGUGGCCACUGCUCGCUGCGCUCGGGGGCUCAGCUGCCGCGCCCUCCCGGGGGAGCCGAGGCCCUUGCACGCCCUCACCCGCGGCCAGGGCGCCUGCAUGACCACACCCAGCGAUGAGGCCACAGAUACAAAGGACACCACCAACCCAGAGAAUGUGUCCCCGGAGAGCUCAGAGAUAACUCAGGAGCAGCUUCUGGACAAUUUCCACUUGAUGGCCGAGUCCAGUGAGGACCUUCCCAUUCUCUGGAAUGCCAUCAGUAAUUAUGAGAGCUUGAGGGCUCUUGAGAUCAGUGACAUCAAGAAGUGGAAGGAGCCCUGCCAGCGAGAACUCUACAAAGUGCUGGACAGAUUAGCCAGGGAGCAGCAGAAGGCAGGAGACAAACUUUACAAAUUUUAUCUGCCAAACUGCAACAAGAAUGGAUUCUAUCACAGCAAACAGUGUGAGACGUCGCUGGAGGGAGAGCCUGGGCUCUGUUGGUGUGUCUACCCUUGGAGUGGGAAGAGGAUCUUGGGGUCUGUGGCCAUCAGAGGGGACCCCAAAUGCCAACAGUAUUUUAACUUACAGAACUGA